UCACUUGUAACUGCUAACACCGGUGAGGAUGAAUACAUUGCAUAGUGACAGCUGACAACUGACAUUUUGAGAUAAGUCUGACUUGAAGUGACUGUAGCGAUAAUACGAACAGGAACUGCAAUUAUAACACCUUCAUGAACAGCAACAAUCAUCAGAAUAAUCACAGAAUCCGAAUUCUUAUCUCGAUAGCAUCAAACAAGUCACAUACAAGUGAGAAAUCAAAAGUCUGCAAGUCUAUUACUACUUGACUUAUGUACUAUUUGAGUCCAAUUUUACGACUGCGGCAGAGUGAAUAAGUAUAGCAUCAACACACUUAGCGUUUCAACGUCAGCCAAACCUUCUUUAAGAGAAAAAAAACCAUGGCUACACCUGGCAACCCGAAUAGACCAAAUAAUUUGAAAUUGAGCAAGGACGGACAUUUUGGGUUAGCAAGAAAUGUCAAAUUUCAAUGGGGAUUUGAAACCGGAGGGCCCAAUCGAACACCCAAUAUGAGCAGGAAUAGCAGCUUGUCAUCAACGUACCCCGAGUCUCCCUCAUCACCAAGCGGGCGACUAUCUCACAGGACCAAUAGUCGACAGCAAGCAUUAGCAAGUCUCCAAUCCUUGUGUUCUCGGGCAGUUAUGGAAUCCAAUUCAAAAUUUACCGCCAAUAGUUUUUGUCAAUUGUUUUCUAAAAACGAGGUACAUCAACUUCUCUUCAAGCUAUUUGAUGACAAAUCCAAGGGAAGACUAGUUCAGUCUCAAUUUAUCGACUUUCUUAACGAGAAACUAGGGAGAGAAGGCCGGGAAUUUGUAAACUCGUUUGACACAACAGCAUAUGUUACAGCAGGAGAGGCGGAUUUGGAUUUACAGCUUUUUUCUCGCAUUCUCCAAAACCAAAAGCUACUUUCGAAACUUUUCAAAUUAAUUGAUUUUAACGGGACUAAGAAUGUUUCAGUGCAAAGUGUCAUAGUUUUCAUCAUGGAUUUGUCGCUACCAAGGAAAUCUAGUAAAAAUAAUAGACUGCUCAGGUUUGAAAGCAUCGACGAGCUUUUCAGUAGCACAAAUGGCAGAACAGAGCUUACCCUCGAUGAUUUCAAAAAAAUAAUUCCUUCCAAAGACGCCUUUUUCGCUGAACGCGUCUUCCACAUCUUAGAUAAGGAUGGUUCCAGAGGUAUCUCGACUUCUGAAUUAAGACUGGGGCUCGAACAGUUGUGCAGUCAGUCAGCCGAAGACAGAGUGCGCUUUCUGUUUCAAAUUUACGAUGGAGACGGGGACGGACUUAUCCAGCUGCAUGACUUGAGAUCGGUCUUAAGAGCGUGCACCGAAGAGAACAAAAUGAACUUUAGUGACGAGCAACUUGAUCAACUUGCUUUGGCUCUCUACGAAGACGCUGUGAACUCGGUGGAUGAUGGCAAUAUCAGCGCUGUGAAUGGACUUGAGUUUGAGCACCUGAAAGCUCAAUUAGAAAAGCACCCGGGACUUAUCGAUGAACUUUCCUUCAGCUUGGAGCGGUUUUUGCUUCCAUCGACAGUUCCGAGAGUGAGAAAAUCACGUUGGUCCGCUAGCGUGUUUUGGUCUUAUCUCCGGAAUAAUGCUGCGUUUCUGGCAUUUCUCGUGGCAUUUCUCUUCGUGAACAUUGCAUUGUUUGCUAGCCGCGCAUACCAAUACCGACAGGAAAACCCUGCCUACAUAGUUGCAAGGGCUUGUGGUCAGGUGUUGAACUUCAACUGUGCAUUCGUCGUUGUCCUGAUGCUCCACCAUUGCAUCACGUGGAUUAGGCAGACUAAAUUGGCGGUUUUUUUACCACUUGACCAGCACGUUUAUCUUCACAAACUUUGCGGCUUUACUAUCGUCUUCUUCGGCACUCUCCACACUGCAAUGCACAUGAUCAAUUUUUCUUUAAAUAUAGCAAAUGAACUGGUUUCACCAGUAACGAAUCAAACACACUCGGCAGAAGAAUGGCUGUUCACGACGAUUCCCGGUCUUUUUGGUCUCAUUCCCGGUGUGGCCAAUUUGACCGGCUGGGGUUUAUGUGUUAUUUUAGGGGUGAUGAUUCCUUGUUCUUUGCCUUUCGUACGAAAGACCGGCUAUUUCGAAUUAUUUUAUUGGACUCACUUCCUUCAUUAUCCCUUUUGGGCUUUAUUGAUCCUCCACGGUCCCCACUUUUGGUAUUGGCUGGUUGGUCCCGGCGCCCUUUUCAUCAUUCUCGAGAAAUUACUUCGCCUAAGAAAUCGCAUGACUGGCAAGGGCAGAACCUUCAUCAAUUAUGCAAUUUUACUGCCGUCGAGCGUCACACAUAUAGUAUGCCGGAAGCCGCCUAACUUUAAUUUUCAUGCGGGGGAUUACGUUUAUCUCAACAUACCAGCAAUCGCCUCCUACGAGUGGCACCCUUUUACAAUUAGCAGUGCUCCUGAACUUCCCGAUCUAAUAUGGUUCCACAUUCGGGGUGUUGGCGGAUGGACGAAUAAACUUUACGAAUAUUUCAAACGAGAGCAAAUUAAACAACGCGAAUUUGAGCAUCAUUCACUUCGACCAGCUUCACUUUUCGUGAGUUCCAACCAAUCCGUGUUCCAAACAAACGUUUCGCUCGGGAAUCAAUCGGCAACGAUCGCAUCCGCUAAAAACACUACUGAAAAUCAGCCGCCUUUCGGAUGGACAAAAACCCGCAGACCUUACAAUCCUCAAAUUUCUAUAACGUUGAGCGAAGUGAGCACGAGCGAAUCACCAGCCGGAGCUCAGUCCGUGGCACAUACCGGUUAUCGAUACAUGCGUCAUCCUCCAGAAAUAAUUAAUUUGCCGGUUCCAAUUGAAGAUCCUCGUAAUGAUGACCUUCCACAUGUAAUGUGGAAAAAAAUUAACAGGAAAAAAGGUCUUCGUGAUCCUUUUGGACAGGAAACAUUAAGAGCUCGUAGAACAAAUGUGAACAAACAAGUUGGGGAAAACGGAGAGUCAUCUGUGCGAGACAACAGACCUAAUGGGAUUACAACCAUUAGUGAUGCGAUACCGGAUCCAACACAAAUGGUAGAGGGUGUAAACAUAUACCUUCCAUUAGAAAUUACCAUGGAUGGACCUUAUGGAACACCUUCUAGUCACAUUUUUCGCGCUCAGCAUGCAGUUCUUAUUGCGGCUGGCAUCGGUGUGACUCCCUAUGCGAGUAUUCUGCAAUCAAUUAUGCAUCGCUACUAUACCAGUUUACAAAAGUGUCCGAAUUGUCGAUAUUCGUGGGCGAACCAAAUGCCAGAAUCGAUCAUGAACCUAAAAAAGGUUGACUUUUUCUGGAUUAAUCGCGAUCAACGCAGUUUCGAAUGGUUUGUUCACGUGCUAUCGCAACUGGAAAUGGAACAAGUUGAAAUGGAUAGCGCGCUUGGCCGGUUCCUCGAUUUACAUAUGUAUAUCACCAGCGCCCUAAAAAAAACUGAUUUAAAGGCUGUUGGACUGCAAAUGGCUCUCGACUUACUUUACGCAGAGGAAAAACGUGAUUUAGUGACUGGACUGAAGACACGCACCAACGCUGGCAGACCAAACUGGGACAAAGUAUUUCAGAAAUUAGUUGACGAAGAUAAAGGAAAUGUUACCGUUUUCUACUGCGGCCCCCCUGAAUUAUCCAAAGUACUGAAAAAGAAAUGCAACAAGUUUGGCUUCAAUUUUCACAAAGAAAUUUUUUAACAUGUCAAAGCUCUUAUCACUACUAAACUUUUUUUUAUAAAAUGAAAGUGUAUUCAAUAAAACGCAGUCAUGCUACAAAUAAAAGAUCACUUAAUGUUGAGAUUGCUAUUUAUCGAUGAAAUCCUACAUGAGGACGGAGUGAAGUGGACGGAAUUAAUUGCAAUUCACUCGUUCUUCGUGUUGCACAUUAUCAAGGUCUACAUGUUUAAAAAAAAGAGAAAAAAAUAGCAGUCGCGACAUGCAUUAGGGCUGGUCAUUCACUCACA